UCCGGCACGCAACUUCCCGUGUGGGAGGUGAGAUGGUUCUCUGAGGGGCCGAGUCCGAGCGCGGGGUUCACGGUGAGUGAGGCCCCAGGCGGGGACAGGGCAGCGGGAGGAGCCGGGAGCUCAGGGUUACGGGAUGCCAGUCACAGUGGGACCGUAUGGGCAGUCACAGCCCAGCUGCUUUGACAGGGUUAAAAUGGGCUUCAUGAUGGGCUGUGCAGUUGGCAUGGCAGCUGGUGCACUUUUUGGCAGUUUCUCAUGCCUCAGGUUGGGGCUGAGAGGCCGAGAGCUGCUGGGUGGUGUCGGGAAGACCAUGAUGCAGAGCGGAGGCACAUUUGGAACCUUCAUGGCGAUUGGAAUGGGAAUCAGAUGCUAACACAAUUGUUUUUUUCUUCCUUUCUGUUGAAAUUUCAAAUAUUGCAGAUAAUGUACCAACUGGCUCUGUCCCCCUGAUUACAAGCUGUACAAUAAUGGAAAUUAAAAUGUAUGAUUUACUGUUGUUUCAA